AUAUUUAGUAUAUAACCAAGUAUCGAAAAUGUUUCUAGUUACAAUCGAAUGUGCGCUGUUAAUACCAUGUAAUCAGAUGUUAAACGUCUUCUGUUCUCUCAGCUGAUUGGACUGGCCAUCAUUACGUGAACCCAGAUUUAGUGAAUUAAAAUUUGGUUUUAAAAUGAAUCAAGCCGAUGUCAGCAAGCUAAUAUCACAGCUCAGAAUAGCUGUGCGUCCAAACAAACGUCAUUUAAAGAACGUCGAUGGCCCAGAAGGCCGCCUACUGAAGCUACGAAAAACCGUGACAGCGCUGGUCAAACACGAACGCAUUGAAUUGUUUUACAAUCGCGCUGAUGAAGCGCGUGGAUAUGCAGAGUUGCUCAUCUCAAAUGCUAUACGCCAUGGCGACCGACACAAAGCGACCAUGGAACUGGCGGACUACUGGCUGUUGGAAAAGCAACUUGUGCACAAACUAUUUAAAGUGUUAGUGCCGCGCUACGAGAACUCCAACAUAUCCUACACGCGCAUGUUCAAGGCGCCACGUGACUAUCCCGGAAUAUUCUAUAGAAAAUCCGUGCUGGAGCUGCGUGGAAAUCCUUUUCCCGUACUUACUCCCGAUAACAGCCAGAAUCGCAAUCUAUUGCACAAUGUACUGCUGGACGAGGCGCGCAAGGAGUUCCGACGUGAGAAACUGGCCAAUUUGGCUAACAAACUGGCGGCUGAGACUGAGAAUGCAACGCCCUCAACACCUGCACAAGUACCUGUAACCGAGCAGCCAGAGCAAAGCGAAGAAGCGCCCAAAGCAUAGUUAACUCUUGUAAAUCAAUGAAAGUAAUAAUACAUUUUUCUAAGCUAAUUUAUAAUAUAAA